AAUACUGAUGUCACACAGGGCCCCUUCGAUUGCGAUCGAGCACGAUCUGGAUGAAUUUCUCGAUUGAUUCGGUCUGUUUCUCUGCCUGUGCAGAAGAAUCAGUCGCGAUGGAGAAACAUUAUCCCGAUCGGGUUCUAUCACGAUCAAAAGUGCCUUAUGUGACAACCAUAUAAAAGCCGUCUGCGGGGGUGUGUCAUUCGUCCAUGCUAAUCUAUGCGUUUCGCUGGUGUUGAUUCAGUGUUGAUUGCGAAGUUGGCGGAGUUUCGUUUCCGAAGUUCUCGUGCUGGUGUGAUCUUUAACUGGAGAAGAAAGUACUGCGUGCAGUCGCUCGCUGGGAGCAACUGGUUGCUGGCUGUUCAGUGCUUCACCAAGUACACAAAUUUCAAAUGUCACCGGAGGUCGCGGAACAUGCUGAAUCUUCGGUACUGCCGAAUAAUUUUUCCGGAGGACCUCAUGGUUUGGGUGACCCAAGUGACAGACGGCUGAGGAAAGUUGAGGUUGAAGUCCUCAUCCCUCAGAAGAUGAGGAACAAGGCACGCGAUGAAAAGUGCGCGGACCUCGUUCAAAAGUUUGGCGAGUGCAGCAAAAGAGAAGGUUUGAUGUUACCGUUCAUGUGCCGGAAGGAAAACGAUGCUCUCAAGGCAUGCUUGAAGAAGUGGUAUGAGGAUCCCGAUUUCCAACACAUCUGCAGAGAAGAGUACCUGAGUGAAAGGAGCAACUUUCGGGAGACUGGUGUGUGGCGAAAGAAGGACAAGCGCGCUGAAAUCAGGAGUAAGGCUGAAGAAUCCAGUGAUGCAUGAGUGAGAUUGAGUACAAGUAGUGUAUUUUCGUUCCUCCUGUAGCCUAAAAGAGAAGGUACGUUUUUUAGGUGCAGCCCAGGAGUAAAUGCAUGUUGUUCCUACAGGGAAAGUGUUUAACCACUGGUAAAUAAAGCUUUUUAUGACUCUGU